AAUAAGGAUAACACCGACAAAAUAAACAUGGAGUUUUCCUUUGAUGAAGAAGUCAUUCGUCGAUUAGUUGAAAGAAUUAUCAAACUUGAAGUACAACAGGAAACGUUGAGGCGACGCGUGGAAGAACCUUUCUCAGAACUCAACUGUUUGGGGAUCAACAAAGAAACAGAAAACAGCAAGCUCGUGUUAUGGAGCAGGAUAAUGAGGUUGGAGGAAGAGCACAAGAAAGUACAUAAACGGCUUCAGGAACUUUUCGCAAAUGUGAUGGACUUUGAGCUGCAAAGUCGUGGUGAUAUUUGCUAUUUGGAGGAGCAAAGAGAUAGAGGCGAGAUUAAUCAAAAAUUAAGUUUGAAAGAAAGGAUUGAAAAGUACUUCGUUGAUUCUGGCACAUACGGGAUGAAGUACAUGACAACUUCAAAUAGUUUUCAAAUAAGGAUAUUUUGGAGUUUCAUCGUUUUCCUGAGCCUAACGCUGUGUGGGUACCUCGUGUACGACUCCAGCUGUCGAUGGCUGAGGGCUCCGCCCACGGUUGGACACGACUCCUGGAUCCCCUUGGGUAUCAUCCCCUUCCCUGCAGUGACCGUGUGUCCUAACCGCAACAUCGGCAGCCUCUACCCUCUGGACAGCAUCCUUCAGCGGUGCAACUCGUCAGCGUGUGCCUCUGAGACACGGGAAAUCCUCUCUGCUGCAUCAUACUUGUGCUCCUCGUUGAUACAGAACUUACCCAUUCAAGUCUGGAGUAACUACUUCAACGCCUCUUCUCCAGAACUUAUUCAAGAGUUAAUGCCUUCGUGCUAUGAGGACAUUUCCUCAUAUCGCUGGCAAAAGAGAGGCGUGGACCAUUGCACCAAAGCAUUUCAAACUGUCUACAUCGACAACAAAGUCUGCUACUCUUUCAACCUGCUCCCAGCAAGGAACUUGUUCAAGAGUAACUCGUUAUUCCGGCCAAUCAUCAGUGAUACUGGACUCUUAGUCAGACCCGACUGGACUCCAGAUCUCUUGUACCCGCAAGACGAUAUGGACAACACUGUCCCACUUCAUGUAGACAGUGCAGGGGAGAAAUUCAAGCUCACCAUUCAGCUCGAAAAGAAACCCUUUAGUCAGAAACUAUGCGCUGAUCAUUUUGAAACGUAUCAGAUAGCAGUCCAUCUUCCCUGGGAGUUGCCCAGACCACAUCUUCGUCUGCCGUUAGGUCACUCCUUGCACAUUGCCGUCACACCAAGGCGGGUCACCUCCAGGCACUCCAGUUCCAGCUGUCUGCUCCAGGCCGAGGGAUCUCACAGACUCCAGCUGUUCCAGCACUACACCCAGGCUAACUGCCAGCUUGAGUGCAGAGUCAGAUGUUCCCUGAGUCUGUGCGGCUGUGUACCUCUCUACCUCCCACGUAUCAACAACUCUACCACGUGGUGUGGAAUUUCACGGAGAUAUUGUCCCGACACUCUUGUUCCAGACCUAAUGAGAGGAAAAGUGACCUGGAAGGUUAUAGCAAGACACUACCGCAAGGAAAUAAGGGAUGACCUUCACGACAUAAUUACCGACCAUCUCUACACCUUUCCUGGGGAGGAAGCGCUUACAGACGAGGUGCUGCAGAAUCUAGAGCCCGACUGUUCAUGUGAUUGUCCUCCGCCUUGCACAACUCUCACUUAUCAUUUGGAUACUCAAAUGAUCCCUCUCUCUGAAGACAGGUUGAAGGCUAACAAAAGUGAGGUUAGCAUUUUCUACAAAGAGGGAACUGACUUGAUCAGAAACACAGAAAUGAAGGAGAUCUUCUAUUUUUCGGAUUAUGUCGCCCAUUUCGGAGGACUGCUGGCCCUUUUCACCGGAUUGAGCACGAUCAGUAUUGCAGAAUUGCUCUUCUUGAUCUUCUCUAAUAUUUCUUGGCUUUUUGAUCAGCCAAAAGCUACCAGCAGUAGAGGCAGUCUGUACCACAAGACGGAAAAGAACAGAACUGUUCAAACAGAACCAUACUUCAUCACUGACAGCACUCUGACCUUGGACUUAUGAAUUAUCAAACUAAAAUUGUUGAAAGUUCUAAUUAGGAUGCUUUGGUUGUUGCUUUGCACUUUUUCUAUAUACUGUACUUGAGGUCAUCCUGUACUUUAAAUCCAAACUUGUCAUGUUAUACGACAAAAAUUGUUAUGAGUCGCUCAAAAAAAUAAUUAUAGAUAGUUCUAUAAUGGCUCCCAGAUAUAUGAAGGAACUUUGUAUAAUUCACUUUAACAAGU